UUCAUAAAAUCUCGCAAAGUCCAAAAUAUCCCAUACGGCCAUUCUUCCCGUCUCAUACUUUCCCUUCCUCCAAUGGCUAGACGUUCACUCUCGCUCUUCACUCUCUUCGUCUUCUCCGCCGCCGUAGUAACCGCCUUGAACUCCAACUGGAUCCACGACGAGGAAGACCUUCUGAUCCGUCAAGUAGUGCCCGAAGUGGAGGAUCACUUGCUCAACGCCGAGCACCACUUCUCCGCCUUCAAGACCAAGUUCGGCAAGACCUACGCCACACAGGAGGAGCACGACUAUCGUUUCCGUGUUUUCAAGAACAACUUGCUCCGAGCCAAGUCGCACCAGCAGCUCGAUCCCUCCGCCGUCCACGGUGUCACCAGGUUUUCCGAUCUUACUCCGUCGGAAUUCCGCCGCCAGUUCCUCGGCCUUAAGCCUCUUCGUCUUCCCUCCGACGCAAAGAAGGCUCCGAUCCUCCCUACCAACAAUCUUCCUACAGAUUUCGAUUGGCGCGACCAUGGAGCCGUUACUGGCGUCAAGAAUCAGGGUUCGUGUGGAUCGUGUUGGUCGUUUAGCGCCACCGGAGCUUUGGAAGGAGCUCAUUUUCUGGCGACUGGCGAGUUGGUGAGCCUUAGCGAACAACAACUGGUCGAUUGCGAUCACGAGUGUGAUCCGGAAGAAUAUGGAGCAUGUGACUCGGGCUGUAAUGGUGGAUUGAUGACCACUGCAUUUGAUUACGCACUCAAGGCUGGUGGACUGAUGCGAGAAGAGGAUUAUCCUUACACUGGAAGGGACCGUGGCCCUUGUAAAUUUGACAAGAGCAAAAUUGCUGCUUCCGUUUCUAAUUUCAGUGUGGUUUCCCUUGACGAAGAUCAGAUUGCUGCAAAUCUGGUGAAGAAUGGCCCUCUUGCAGUUGGUAUCAAUGCAGUUUUUAUGCAGACAUACAUUGGUGGAGUCUCAUGCCCUUACAUCUGCGGCAAGCAUUUGGAUCACGGGGUUCUUCUGGUGGGCUACGGUGCUGGAGCUUAUGCUCCCAUUCGUUUUAAGGAAAAGCCUUACUGGAUCAUAAAGAAUUCAUGGGGGGAGAGCUGGGGAGAGAACGGAUAUUACAAGAUCUGCAGAGGUCACAAUGUAUGUGGGGUGGACUCCAUGGUCUCAACAGUAGCCGCUAUACAAUGAUCUAACCAUUAAAUGUUAGGAUACCUUAUGGUGGUUCCAGACUGCUCUUUAUGUAAAUAAUGUGUAAUGUAUUACGAAAAAGGAAAUCGAUACACUAAUGUUUAUGCUUUAUGUAAUUCUCUGUGCUAGCUAGUCUAGCUACAAAUUAUUAUCCAGAGCCGCUAUCAAUGGUUAUUACUAGUAAAUUUGCCUUCUACUACUAUACAGCCCUGUGUCUAGACUAGUAAUAGCAUGUUUGAUUGGUAAACACUUGAAUGUGUUACGGAGUAGAAAAUGUAAGAGAAAUUGCUUUAACACACGGCUAAAUAUUUGUUAGGUUUUAUUUGAACAGAAAAUUAAAUACAAACUAAGGAUCUCGAGAAUAGUUUGUCUACCAAAGCAGUUUGACUGAUAAUAUAGUCUGACAACAGCAAAAAAAAUUAACGAGAUAUUUUUGUAACUUAAAAAUUUUUACUGAAUUUUUCAUUUAACUUAUAUUUAAUAUAUUAUAAUUUAUUAUUUUAUUAACAAUUAAAUAAAACCUUGAUCGUGCAGAAUUACACACUCAAAGCCUAAGGCACAACGGGUACACUGCAACCGAAGUUACUGACUAGUUUGCCCAAUGGAGACUAAUGUCUCUUUCCUCUUACAACUGCAGGCCUUCUAGUUUUAACUAGAAAUGUAUUGUAAUGGCCAACAGGAAAUAUAGAUAUUACAUUGUUUUACUGCUCUGAUUUCAACAGACAAUUGACAACACAAGUACAUGGUAAACUACAAGAUAGGAGACAUGUAGAGUUGGUUUCAUACACAAGACAUGCCAGGUUCUUGAGUUAAAUUUGACAUAUUUCUAUCUAUAUAAAAUAUCAUCUGGUAUUUACUAACUUACAGUUCAUCCUCAUCCGUAAGUAAUGUAAAUGAAAAUGGAAUGAACUUGUAACCAUCUCCCUCGUAAAAUUUGUUUUGGAACUCUACCCAGUGAAGCCUCAAAGCAUGCAAGAAAGCACUUAGAGUUUCCAUUAACAGUAACACACCAACAGUUGCACAUACAAAAACUAAAAUGCCAACAACGAGAACAACAGUGUUAUUAAACCUGCAUCGGUCACACAAAACAUAUAGGGUUAAUAAGUCAAAUAACUUUUGCUCUUGCGUAGCACAAGAAUAAGAACUUACCCCCAGGCCAGAAGCAGAACUUUGUCAUAGAAAACGCUCGACAACUCGGAAUGAGCUAGGCUAUUGACCAAACAUAAAAAACUAUGACUGAGAUAGACUGAAUAAAACAAAAAACCAAGGAAGAAACUAAAAUGAAAGGGUAUGAUGCAUUUAAAAAAGUGUCUUUAAAAUGAACAGUCGGGCUAACACGUCUUAAGAGAAUUGAUUUAGGAGCAUUGAAUAUAUCUAAUUAGAUACUUCUAAACUAAGUAUUUAAAAGUGCUUUUGGUUAGGUUUACUGACUACUAAGUUUGUAGAUAAUUUUCUUCAAUGCGUGGCUUGAUAUAGGUUUUAAUGUGUCUUUCAUGGUUUCUUUCAUGAUAGAAUGACAAAUUUUGCUAGAUUCAGCAACUGGCCAACAACAAAUGGUUUGAUCCAGUCAAACCUAGGGGCACUGCAUUCAAUUCAUUUGGUCACUAGUCCUUGUAAGACAUUAAGAUAAGUUUUUUAAUAAUACGUAUUUUUCCAAUAUAUUCCUUCCAAUACGAAAUCAUUUUGUGUGAGGUUUCUUCCAUUCCUAAGGAGUUAACAGGAUUUCAAAUUCCUUUGGACCUUUACUGAUUCAUAGUUCUCGCCAUUCAUGAAUUGAAAAUUUAUCAGGAAGCCAAAAUUGUAUUGCAAACUGAGUCAUCGCCUACUUGAAGGAGGAAACAGCACGCCUACAUCCAUGUUGAAUUUAAUUCUUUGUAACCUAAAUUUGCAGAAUAGGAAUAACUUUCAACUACCUACCUGAGGGCCCAUAAACGGAGAUAUGAAGCUGUAUUAGACACAGCUCCAAGCACAAAUUCUAUUGUAUGUAUAAGUUGGUGCACAAAAACCUCGCUGAACUCAAAUUCCUCAUGGUCUUGGGGAAUACUAUGUGAAUCUGAUUCAAGAGGGUCACCCGCACCGUAGAGCAAAGAGUAAGAUUGACCUUGAUGCCUCUGAGGAAGCGUGGCAACAAAAAUUAGAAUGGGGUU